GUUAUUUUCAUUUCAAUUCUUGAACGCCGACUGAGUGACUGGCUGUGGCGAUUGUGGCGCCUAUGAAGAUCCCUCUUUAGUGGAAUCGAAUAGAGUUAUUCGAUGCUGGAUUUAUUCUACUCUCCGUCUCGGAUUGAGUUAAACGUAUCGUAUUAAGGGGCCGUUGUCAAAUCAAUAAUUAAUUCCGAUCAGUUACCGUUACCUUGUCAGAGAGUUCGUACCUCUAGCGCUCGAGUUGGUUUAAAACCGUUUUUUUUUUUGUUUUAAAUUUCCGAAUGGACAUCAAGCGGGCAAAAUAAUAGAAAAGAGGACUUUUUGUGGACAUUUUUGUGAAGUGUAAUUAAAAUACAAGAACUAUAUUUAAAAAAAAAAAUCCAAAAAAAAAAGCAUAAAAAGGAGAAUACCGAAUAAAAGAAAGUCAAAUAGUGUUUCACAAAAAAUAGCGUAAGCCUGACAAGCAUUGCGGAUUUGCUGAUAAAGACAUAAAGAUUAUUAAAGUGUAAUCGUUGUUGUUGUUGUCGUUGUUUUAUGCCACUGCUGCCGUUGUUAUUGUUUUAAUGUAAAAAGCCAAGAGUCAAUGAUGGGUCACAAGGCGGAAGAAACUCUCGGUCGAGAUAAUCAGAAUGAAUGCGGUGACGGUGUAACGACGCCAUAUGAAGACAGAACCCAGGACUAUCAGGAUCUGGAUGAGGAAAAGGAAUGUUUGGACCAGGAACAACAUCACUGCCGGGAGAAUGGCAAGAAUGGUCAAUGCAGCAGCGGCAAUGGCAAAGCAGCAGCCGUUGUCAAAUACAGCCGCAGUGAUAGCAGCGGCAAGAAGACUCAAAGUCUAUUCGAAAUUGUCUAUGAAAUUAUCAAAGAGAAAGAGCAGCGCACCAAAGAAAUGGGGACACUGAUAUUACUUGGCGGCAUGGCUCUCUUGUUUAUUAUGAGCCUGACCGGCUUAUUUGUUAUGUGGUUUACACAGUAUUACAACAAUAAAAUGCUGGAGAAUCUAAUCUUAUCCAAAGACUCCGAGACCACAAAAUCAUGGAUAGAUCCAAAUCCAAAAUAUGACACCUUCCUUAAAGUACACAUUUUCAAUUAUACAAACAUAAAGGAUUAUCUCGAAUAUAAGGCCGAUAAAAUCAAAGUUGAGGACAUUGGCCCGCUGAUAUACAAGGAGCAUACGACAAAAGUCAAUGUGGUCCAUAAUGAUAAUUAUACUGUGACAUUCCGUGAUCAUCGUACCUAUCAAUUCCUACGUGAUCGAUCCUCUCACGACGAAAACCUCUCAGUUGUUGUGCCAAAUGUUCCAUUCUUGGCUGCUUCACAAGAAAUCGAUAAGAUCAGCAAUCCAUUUACGCGAAGUAUAAGUAUGACGACGGUACGAAAUGCAGGACGCCAUGCCUUCUAUACACUCAAGAUCAAGGAUUAUCUGUGGGGCUACAGAGAUCCCAUAUUGGCGGUGAAGAAUACCUUCUCAAGGGGAAAUUCCUAUUUUGGGCUGUUGAAAAAUCGCAAGGGCACCAGUGUGGAUUCCCUGCAAAUCUACACGGGCGAAGAUGACAUCAGGAAAUUUAGCAAAAUCACCCAAUUCAAUGGCAAACCCCUGCUUGACUUUUGGACCGAUGAAGAGUGCAAUCGUAUUGAUGGUUCAGAUCCCUCCAUGUUCCCACCCCAUGUGGUGGAGACCCGGGAACCGUUGAGUGUUUUCCUACAGGUGCUGUGCCGUAAAAUCCCCCUGCAUUUUGAAAAGGAGGUAACAAUUUACGAUAACAUCGACGCCCUGCGUUAUCGCACCCCCCUAAAUGUGUUUGGCAAUCCCGAAGACAAUCCCAACAACACCUGCUAUUGUCAGAAUACCAAACGAUGCAUGCCCAGCGGUGUCAUAAAUGCCACCAAAUGUUACGAUGAUGCUCCCAUUUAUCCCUCAUUUCCCCACUUCUUUUCGGGCGAUCCCAUAAUUUAUAAAGAUUUCGAGGGUAUCGAACCGAAACAGGAGCUACAUCAAACCUAUGCUGAUGUCCAUCCACGUUUUGCAUUUCCCAUUAGCGGUGCAUCGCGGAUACAAAUUAAUCUGGCUUUGCACAAGGGCGAACUGGUGAGGGACAAAGUGAAACGCCUCGAGGAUGGCACCAUACUGCCCUUGAUCUGGAUUGAAAUCACUUCGGGUGAUUUUACACCCGAAAUUCUCGACACCCUGUAUGCCAGUACCUUUGGCCUAAAUCUCAUCGAAUACAGCCUCAAAUAUGGCACCCUUUUGAUGAGCAUUGUCUCGUUUAGUCUAAUUGUGGCCGGUUUCUAUUAUCUGGCCAAGCGACGCGAAGAGUACCAAAUGAAAAAUGAGAAAAUACUCUCGGCUGAGUUGCGUGCCCUACAGAAUGUUGAUCUGACAACGGCAAGUUUAUCUCAGCUGCAACAACAACAGGCGUGAUGUGGUGGAAAGAGACGUCACAACAGCAACAAAAUACCAAAAAAAAUCCCCAUUCGCAUUUAAGUUUAGUAGUUGUCGAAAGAAUAAAAAAAAAAACAUUAGUUUGUAGUAGCAUUAGAUGAUCAUCAAAAUAGCCAUAGAAUAUAGACGGAGAGACAUGAAUUUUAUAUAUUAUGAAAUUUUCCCCCAAACCAAAACCCCUGUCCCCCCUCCCCCUCCCAAAUAUUACAAUGGAAACAAAAAUGCCACAUCAUUGUCUGUUUUCACCUUCCUUCCUUUGUAAAUGGGAGGCAGUUUCUCAAAACAUUCAGAAAUUAUAGAGAAAAGAAAAAUUACAAAAAAAUUAAAAACAA